GUCUGGCGCCAUGUGCUAGGUCACUCUGAAUUGGAGGCCACACCCUGGGCCAUCGGACAAGCCCCUCCUCACUUCAGGGGUCACCCGCCCCACUGCCCACUGCCCUGCCAUGGCUGGGGACCGACUCCCGAGGAAGGUGAUGGAUGCCAAGAAGCUGGCCAGCCUGCUGCGGGGCGGGCCCCGGGGGCCACUGGUCAUCGACAGCCGCUCCUUCGUGGAGUACAACAGCUGGCACGUGCUCAGCUCUGUCAACAUCUGUUGCUCCAAGCUGGUGAAGCGGCGGCUGCAGCAGGGCAAGGUGACCAUCGCUGAGCUCAUCCAGCCGGCCGUGCGCAGCCAGGUGGAGGCCACGGAACCGCAGGACGUGGUGGUCUAUGACCAGAGCACCCGGGACGCCAGCGUGCUGGCUGCCGACAGCUUCCUCUCCAUCCUGCUCAGCAAGCUGGAUGGUUGCUUUGACAGUGUGGCCAUCCUCACAGGGGGCUUCGCCACCUUCUCCUCCUGCUUCCCUGGCCUCUGUGAGGGCAAGCCCGUGGCCCUGCUGCCCAUGAGCCUGUCCCAGCCCUGCCUGCCUGUUCCCAGUGUGGGCCUGACCCGCAUCCUGCCUCAUCUCUACCUGGGCUCUCAGAAGGAUGUCCUGAACAAGGAUCUGAUGACCCAAAAUGGAAUAAGCUACGUGCUCAAUGCCAGCAGCUCCUGCCCCAAGCCGGACUUCAUCUGCGAGAGCCGCUUCAUGCGCAUCCCCAUCAAUGACAACUACUGUGAAAAGCUGCUGCCCUGGCUGGACAAGUCCAUCGAGUUCAUCGAUAAAGCCAAACUGUCCAGCUGCCAAGUCAUUGUCCACUGUCUGGCCGGCAUCUCCCGCUCUGCCACCAUUGCCAUUGCCUACAUCAUGAAGACCAUGGGCAUGUCCUCGGACGACGCCUACAGGUUCGUGAAGGACCGGCGCCCGUCCAUCUCGCCCAACUUCAACUUCCUGGGCCAGCUGCUGGAGUACGAGCGCAGCCUGAAGCUGCUGGCCGCGCUGCAGGGCGACGGCUGCCAGCAUUGCUCGCUGGUGGCUCUGUCCUGGGGCAUGGGGGGCCUUUCGGCCUCGCUCGCGGGGCACUGGUCACCCCAAACUGUCAGCGCAGCCCAGCUGCUGCGGGGUGUCGUGGGCCACAGACCCGGAGGCCCUCACGCCAAGAGCUCUGGGCACUUGAUGAGCCUUGGACGGGCCCAGACUAGGCACCGGAAGGACCGAGCGCCCACAGGGGGCCCAGAGGUGGAAGAGCGAACCCCAGGACCCCUGCCUGAGCCUCCCAGCCCCACCAGCAGCGACCUGGCCGUCUCUGCUGCCCGCGCCCCGGCUGCGGCGGGCCGAGGCCCCAGCGGAGGAAUCGCCGCGGCCGCGCUGCCCGUGGGGCGGCGGGCGCGGUCCCCCGGCACAGGCGAGGCCACCGGGCUGGGCGGUGACAUCCUGCACCCCCGGUGCAAGGGUGUCCAGAGCCUCGGUGGUUGGCACGGGAGAGGCCGGCGUCUGCCCUUCCCCGGAAGCGCCCCCGUGACGCUCCUGCCCCGGGGGUCUCCCCUUCAGCCGGCACCGGGCUCCGAGGGCCGGAGGCUGGGGUGCGGCGGGGCCGCGGAGCAGGACGUGGCCUGCGGGUUCGGCUCUCCAGACCCACUGCCCGGAGCCCACCCCUUCGCCGGCCUGCAGCCUCGACCGUGCCCACAGCCUGCACCUGCUCUAGCUCAGGAGCUGCUGGUUGGCAUGGCAGGCCCAGGGGUCCCUCAAAAGCUGGGCAGAAGGAAGGUGCCAGGUGAAAAAGCUCAGGAGCUGCUGGUUGGCAUGGCAGGCCCAGGGGUCCCUCGAAAGCUGGGCAGAAGGAAGGUGCCAGGUGAAAAAGAUGUGGUGUCCUUCCUGCAGCAGGUCAACAGUUAUUAUCCAGCUGUUGAUCAGGUAACCCCUGUCCUGAUAAACAGAGAACACCGGAAGCAGUGUGCUUUCAUCCGGAGGGAUCAGCGGCACUGCAAAGCCAUCAAGUGCGGUGUGCCCAGCAGCUCGCUGUCAUCAAGGGGAAAGGCUCAGGGCGCGCGCUGGCUUUCUGCGCUCAUCCGGAGGGACUGCGUUGGCGGCAACCUGGCCUCCUGUGAGCUGGACCUCUUCCUCGGCUGGCGGCUCCAGGUUCCUGACGGCGUUUGUGCCUGCUGUGUGCGGGGGCUGGGGCCGAAGCCGCAGACAGGCCCUGCUGCGGCAGGCAGCUGGCGGGCAGGCGCCUUCUGGUGUCGUGCCCUGUACUCGCUCACCAAGGCUGCUUCACCGGGUCCUGGAAAAGCGGCCUGCGCUGGGGGCUGCCUGCCAGACCUCGUUACCAAGAGCUAG